CACGAGCAGUUCACUGCUGGCUAACUGGUCGGAGAAGUCGGCAAAGCCGAGUCUGAGCGCGAGGGCCCGGUUCAUCGAGAGAAACGUGUUCGAGAGCUAACGACACUGAAUUAAGACUUCUGACACACGUACGCGCACAUAUAUACUACAAAUACACUGACAUCGAUAUAUAAAUAUAUACACACACGUACAGAUAUAUAUAUAUAUACAUUGUAUAUAUUUAUGUAAACGUAUAUACAUACAUAAAAAAGAGAGAAACAUCAACCGUUGGCGAACCAACCGAAUAAUUACGGAUACAUACGCGCGUGCAUACCGGUCAGGUGCGCGAAAACAUAACCGUAGUGGAAGCUCGGGGCGGUCCAGAGUUUGGCAAACUGAUCGAGCCGUUAUCGGUACUUCUCAGUGAUCACUACGAUCCAGGAUGAUCGUCCUCGCGUGGUCCUUGUUUGUGCUGGUUUCGUUACUCGUCGCCACCAAUCAGGCGUUUCUCGCUGCUCCCGUAUCAGUUCACGGAGCGCCGAGUUACGAUGUCACUAGCGUUCAGUCACGAUUGGAGACCAACGAGGUGAUUCAUAAAGUUAAUAACAACCACCAACAGCCGGUCGAUUUGAGAAACGAUGAUCGUGACGAUGGGCAAACGCUCUAUGUGAUCGAGUUCGAGUCUGAAUCGAACGAGAAAGAAGAAAGGAAUAAAGGGAAAGACCCGUCUCUCGGCGGAUUUCUUUUUGUUUCAGUGGACAAUGACGGUCAAACUCCUCUAGACCCAUGGUCGAUCGUGUGGUACAUCGGAUCCUUCGGAGGUUUAGUCGCCUUUUUCCUAAUCGUCAGUUGUUCAGAAUGGUGUUGUCGUCGUGGUGGACGACCGUUAACAGUUCCCUAUGCUCAACGAGCUGAAGCAAUAAACGGACCUGUAGUAACAGAAACACCGCCUCCGCCGUAUCAUUUAUUCGCACCACCGCCAUACGAUUCCGUAAAUUACGGUGAAAUCGUGGACAAAACAGCCGGAGAAAAAUUGGACAUCUACGUGAUAUCCGUGCCGAUUCAUAGACCCGUGGUCGAGGCUCCAGCCUAAGGUUUUCCCAAAGAGUUCCUCGAACAGAGGAUUGCGGCCGAAUCAAAAUCGAAACGACAAAGAAGAAGAAGAAGAUAUAGUGUAUUGUGUCGCUUCUGAAGGAUUUGUCGAAGCUUCCUCGUUGGUAUUCCCCUUUAACCGGGGACAUUUUGACAAUCGUCUGCUGAUCCAUGUGCAGGGUUCGUUGAAAACGAGCUGUGGAUCAAGAAAGAAUGUAGGACGAGCUUAAUGAAUGUGUAUCGUGUUGGUUGAACUUUGAGAACGUUUUAAGUAUCGUGAACACUCGAAAGGACGAAUAAAACUCUUGCUCAUGACGAAGAUAAGCUUGACAAAUAUGUUGCUCGGAUCCUGCAGAUAUUUUAAGCAUCGUGAAUAGUUGAAAGGACAAACAAGAUAUCUGUUCGUGAUAGAGAAAAUACUCUUCGUAAGACAUGUUGUUUGAAUUUUGUGUAACUUUACUUGAGGAUAAUUUGAAUAUACGUAUGAUGAGUCUUUGAAAGGACGAAGAAGAUUCUUGUUCAUGGUAGAAGGAACAAACAAUCUUCUCGAAUUAUUAAUUGCAUCUAGGAACGAGAAAGCACGAGAAGAAGCUUCGAAUCUCUACGACGCUCGACGAAAAUCGAGUUCAUAAGAAAUCCCCGAGAGGGAAAAUUUCAACGCAUUGUUAACGAAUAUUUAAAGAGAAACUCUCUAUCUUUGUGAGUGUGGGCGAAGAAAAACGAAGUCGAUGAACAAUUAAUUAAAGCAAUUAAUAGGGACUUAAAGAUACCAGCGAGGGAGAAAAGCAAAAACGAUUAUGAGAAAUCUCAUCGUACACUCCGAUGUAGGUCCAACUGAGAAGCAAUGUUCUCUGUGAUGAAGUUCGUGAAGCGAACUGAAAUUAGAACUAGAGACAAUCUUUUCGCGUGUGCUUUUAAAGUAAACCCGUUGUACGGGUGCCAAUCAAGGAACUUUACUUUCUCCUUUCUUUAAGUCGAGUGAAAGAUUAACAAGAUGCAAAUAACGUGUAAAUCCAAGCUCGAUCUCUUUCGAGGGACGAGCAAAGAAUUAGAAUGAAUCGCGUGUUUCCAUUAAGUACUUUUAACACUUUAAACGAAUUAUUUAUCCAAUCACUGCCUGAUCAGGUGAAUAAUUGAAAUUUGAUAAUCCUUCUAAUCCUUCCAGCUUAUUAACCCGUGUAUACGUUGAUUUUUGCGCUCGACUCGUCCUAACUAGUUGAAAGAAGAAAGAAACUGCCAUAUUUUCGUACACUGUGCUCGUUAUUCGUUAUCCCUCGAGAUCUACAACGCCAUUUUUAACCCUGCUGCGUCCUUUCUUCGACUCACUCGUGAUUUCUUUAGAAUAAACAAUUUUUUAAAUAUAGAAAAUUUCUCAAAGUUAUAAUAAAAUAUAAAGGAGUCGUUAUUGAUAUACAUAAUUUCUAUUUUUAAUUUAAUGUCAGAAUCUUUUUUAAGGUAUUAACCUGUUAAUAGGGGGAAAUGAAUCAUUUACAUAAGUAAAUUAUUUAUAUAAGUAAUCUUAUUUAGUAAUUCUAUAUUUGUUUAGGUAUAAUUUCAUGUUUGCUACAAAUAAAUUAUAUGUAUAAGAAUUGCGCGAAGAAAGCAUGAUAGAUCGAUUUUUGUUAAUUUUCUAAUCUCUUAUAAUAGUUAUAAAAAUUUCUGGCUGAAGUGCAACCAGGUUAACAAGCUAAAAGUGAGGUUUAUUUAACGAAACAGGAGUAAUAUUGGAACAUGCAAACUCUGUGAUCGCAGCAGGGUUAAGGAACUACAAAAGCAACGCACAAAGACAAGUUCAAAUGACGAAGUUGGUCGUUUUCUUCGCGCUCCUACGACGUCACUUUUAUUUUUGCAUCAUUCAAACUCGACCGAAAAAUCAAUCAGAUCACCCGCGAUGAAGUAAUUAAAUUGGCAUUUAAUUCAUAGGUUGAAAUAAUUGCAAGAUCAUACAGAGAAAUUCAAAAACUUGUCUAGUAUAUUGUACGAUUUGGAAAUUAAACGAAAAUAUUUGGGAUUAUUUAUGUUUAUUUUCGAAUUAUUAAAGUACACAUGGUCUUUUGAUUAUUCUCAAUAACGUGAUCUACAAUAGGCACUUUUCUUAAUCCUACUAUGUUCUUUGGAUUAUUUUUAAGUAAAUCAUUCUUUUCUAUUGUUAAAAGAUUUUUUAUUUUUGAUAAUAAGUAUAAAAGAAUCGGUAGAGAUUUUUCUUAAAGUAUUAAAAAUCUUUUUAUUUGUCGAAAUAAAUGAUAUAAAAAUGUGAAAAUCAUAGCAGGGUUAAGUCAGGUCUUUUUUAAAUAUAAUUUUACUACGUAUUGCGAAAAUAUCCAAAUGCUUGCAAUCGACAUAUACGUUGAAAAUAUUUCAAGAAAAUUUAAAAGACAAACCGAUAACUAUUUCUAACUUCAUUACAGAAUCAUGUAAAUGAUGUCGACAUAGAAUACUUCAUAACGACUACUAUGUUUUAUCUAGCAUCUCCUUAUUUUUCAAAACAUGUCGAAAUAUUCGAAGUUCAUCGUGUCUUCUUUUUACCUUUCGAUCAAAGUUAAAUUAUACAGACUGUUACAAGACAAUGAUUAAAUAUUUUAAAUUGAAUGAAAACAAACAGAUAUUACAAUUACAAUGGAUGAUACAAGGAGAAUGAUAAAAGAUCAGUCUUCUUCAGUUUCGAAAUGAUACAUAGAACAUUUUAAAUUAAAUUAAGCUUGAAUCGAAAAAAAUUACAAUCAAAUAUGGAUAGAUGCUUCCUUUAAAAGCAGGAAAAAAGAUAUGAUGGUUGAAAUGUUCGGUUGCAAGCGUUCCGCUAAUUACACCGUAUCUCUAAUCAGAGCCAAUUACAACUGCGAUUCUUUAUAUUUUUUUCUCGUUUUAACGGUAACUCAACUCUUCUUCCGGGUUGUGUAUGUGUACAAGCGUUGCAUAAGAGGGCGCGCGUGUAACUCGCCUCGCAACCUGAAUGAUCUAUCAACGGGACACGUGUGCGAGAAGUUCGAAUAAUUUCUAAUAUUGCUACACGCGAUUGACCUCAAUCGCGAUCGUUACAAGUCCGACAAUUGCAGACGAUCAUAUACA